AUGUCAAUGCUCUGGGCCUUGGUUGCCCUCCUAUCCAUCCAUAUUGGAGUUCUCGACAGCGUUUCAGGCCAGAUGUUGGGAGUUCCUGGUGGUUCACUUUUAUCAAUGCCUGAUCUUUCUACACCUCUACAACCUACAACAAGUCUAAAAGUGCUCAGUGGUGUGCCAAAGCUACCAAUAUCAAUACCUCCUGUUCCUAAUAUUCCAUCAAUUACUAAGAAAAAGCCUUCCAAAGACCCAGCUGAAAGAAAUGAACUGCACUGUGAUGCUUCAGCAUGGUAUUUCCUCUCUACGAUGAAAAUCAAUAAUUAUCUGAUUGACGCUAUUCCAAAAAUCAUUGAAGAUUUGUUCAACUGUGCUGAAUUCGACGUGGCAGGAUUCAUUAAAACAAUUUUGGAGUCAGCUAAUUUCAAAAGUUUUUUGAGUGCUGCCUCACUACUUAGUUUAGGGGGAGGCAAUCCCUUGUCUGGUUUUAUGGGUUCUAUGCCUCUUCCCAUGGAUGGUUUGGCUAGUAGUGACUUUCUCACUUCUAUGACUGGUAAUUUACCAGCUCAAGGUCCUGAUGUGGCAAAAUUGACAUCUCUUUUUGGAGGAGCAAAAAAUGUACUGGGUCAAAGUGGAAAUCCACUGGAAGGAAAGAAGUCUGAUGAUUUCCUGAAAUCAGCUUUGGGGAACAUCAAAACUUCAGAGGGGAGACAAGGUUUAGACAAAAGUGAAGAUCUAGUAAAUACAGUUAAAAAAACAGCCUCUUCAGGUGCAAAUGUACUACCUGGCUCAGACCUGGGUGCCUUAGUAGAAAACUCGGACAAGAUAACUGAUUCACUUGGGAAUCAAAAGUUUCAUGCCCACAAUAUUGUUAUAAAGAACAUAACUACAAGAACAGAGAGCAGUUUCAUAAUUGUUCAAGCCUAUGUCCAAGCAGACAUCAGUGGCCCAGAAAACUUGAUAGGUUCUGUCGUUGAUGUAGUGGGCUUCCGAGUGCAAGCUACAGUGGAACUGAAAAUUGCUCUGAAGACAAAUGGUACCAAAUGUGCCACCUUUGAAAUCCUAGAAACAAAAAUGAAAGUUGUAAGCAUAAACAUGCAAGUAGUUGAGAGGAUAAAAAAUGAAAUAGGAGAAGUGCCAUUUCCAAUGGAAUCAAUUGUACCUUCCCUGCUGAUGUUAAACGUGACUCCUCAGACUGAAAUCAAUUAUAAAGAUAAGUCAAGCCCUGUGGCUGGUGGCCAAUCUCCUCUAAUCCCUGAAAAGGCUGAAGUUUCUGUGGUACUCUCUUCCAGCAUAGUCAAGGCAAUAGUUACUCAUAUUGCAAAAGAAAGCUUUAUAAAGACAAGAAGUGGGGAAAUUAAGGUGAAGUCAAUAAGUUAUAAACUACUCGAUAAAGAACUCCAAUUAAUUAUCAGCUCUGAAGUCAAAGAGAAUGGUGUGAAGACAGCUAAUCUACUUUCGACUCUUAAUUUCCACCACAAGGCUGUGAUUACGAAUGGCUACAUGAGUGAUAGUAUCAACCUUUUAAGUUCUGAACACAACAUAGACCCUCCUGAUAAUGAAGUUGCCAAAGAACUGGGAAAACAGAUGGUUGAGAAGAUGGUGACCCAAGCAAAUGAUGAUAUGAGACACUUUAAUAUGCCAGUCGGCCCAGAAGCUGAUGUUUUAAAUGGUGUCCCUGUUAAAGUUGUUCCUCAGACUGUCCCUCUGUCAUCUGCACCCCAGCCCACCCCUUGA